AUGGAAUUUAUUGAGCUCAUAUUAAUAAAUAAAUUGGAUGGAGUGAUAUUAAAGUACCCACAUCAUGAUAAUGUGGAUGGUACCGUUUGCAUCACUGGACACCAUUUGAUUUUGAGCUCAAGAAAAGAAGGCGUGCGCGAGUUAUGGCUUCUACACAAAAAUAUAGACAGUAUAGAAAAAAAGGAAAAUAAACCAGUAAAUGGAGUUGCUCAAGGUGGAUCUCUUUUCCUGAAAUGCAAAGAUUUAAGAAUAUUCCAGUUAGACAUUGCAACCACUACUGAGCUGAAUCUAGUCACACAGACUUUAGAAAAUUUAUCUAGUGUACAAGAUCCUAGUCUAUUUUACCCUUUCUUUUAUAGGCACAUGCAUCCUAUUGUUGAAAAUGGCUACACACUAUAUAGUAUUGAAGGUGAGUUUACAAAAGUUUUAGCAACAGAAGAGUGGAGAGUGUCGCGUGUCAAUCAAAAUUAUACAGUUUGCCCAGCAUACACGAAAAGUGUGGUGGUGCCCAAAUGUAUAGACGAUGAUACACUUGCAGCCGCUGCUUCUUUUCGACAAGGCGGCCGAUUUCCUGUUUUAUCUUAUAGACACAAUAAUGGUGCUGUACUUCUACGAGCUGGUCAACCAUUGUAUGGUCCAAAACACAGGAGAUGUCGGCCGGAUGAAGCUAUAUUGAAUUCUGUUGUUAAUGUGGGAAUGAAGGGAAUCAUCUAUGAUUUACGAAGUUCUAACGCGAUAUCACAGCAGCAGAAUAAAGGUGGUGGAUCAGAAAGCGCUGCUAAUUAUUCACAAUGGAAAAUAUAUAACCGGUCAAUGGAUGACGUGGACAAUCAGCAACAACUGUUUGAGAGCUUUUCUAAAUUAAUUGAAGCAUGCGUUGAUCGCGAUAUCUCCAGUGACAAAUGGAUCUCGAAGUUGGAGUCAUGCGGGUGGCCUGAGUCGGUCCGGAACUCUUUGCACACGGCUUGCAUCAUUGCUCAGCAUAUACACCAAAAAGCAGAACCAGUUUUAAUUCACGGAACCCGCGGUGAAGACGCGACGCUCCUGGUUUGCUCUUUGGUGCAAAUAAUACUAAACCCAGACUGCAGAACUAUAAGGGGGCUCCAAGCGCUGAUAGAGCGUGAAUGGCUGCAGGCUGGUCACCCGUUCGGUUCGCGGCUGCGGUCGGGCGCGUACGGGCAGGCGUCGGCCCGCGCCGCGCCCACUUUCCCCCUGUUCCUGGACUGCGUGCGCCAGUUCCUCGAGCAGUUCCCCUGCAGCUUCGAGUACAGGCAGUCCUUCCUCAUCACGCUGUUCGAACACGCGUAUGCUAGUCAAUUUGGUACGUUCCUCUGCGACAGUGAUCAAGAGCGCGAAUCUCGUGGUGUGUAUGAUCAGACCACGAGCAUCUGGUCGUGGCUGAACCAGCCUGAAGAGCUCACCAUGUACAUCAACCCGCUGUACGAACCCACUCCCAACGUUAUCUGGCCGUCGGUUGCGCCAAUGAGCUUUGUUAUUUGGGAAGAAUUAUAUUUACGCUGGUUGAUCCAGCAGCGCACAGAAGAUCGGGAGGAGCAAUACAGAGCGAUAAGAACCCGAGAGCAGCAACUUCGCUCGCAGGCGCAACAAAUGCGACGCGAACUGUACGAGCUGGCUCAACAGUAUUACGCUGCGAACGGGAACACCACUGUCAGCAAUUAG